UUUUGACAUAACUGUUGAAAAUUUCGAAAAAUACUCAAUGAGAAAAUCAUCUUCCUUAGAUUCAUGGUCUCCAAGAAGAAAGAAGAAUAAACCUUUAGUAAUACCACAGAGUCAGUGUGGAAGAAAUGUUAAUGAAACAUGUUGGCUGAUGUGCUUUAUUUCAGUGAUUACUUUAGCUUCCGGUUUGAUCCUCAUUGGGCUGUCUAUCUGGUCGAUCAUCAAGAAACUUCCAUAUGUACAGCUGGUUAAAAUAAGGGUGGACAUACCAUAUUUUACUCUGCCCGCAGGUAUUCUCUGUAUACCUGGAUCAUGGAUAGCAGCGUCAAUCCAUAAUAACAAGAAUAGGUUCCAAUUUUUGCCAUUGAUGUGGAUACUAACAAUAAUUAUAACUGCCCUUCUUGUAACUGGUUCAAUUAUGGGUAUUAUGUACGAAAAGGGGCCCAACAGAGAAUUGUCAAGCUCCUUAGGAAACCACGACCUGAAUUCGUCGGUAUACCCUUCUUUCCUGAGUUAUAAUUCAAGCUGGUAUGCAAAAAAUUCGUGGGAUAGUACUCAGAGACGUUUUGAAUGUUGCGGAGUGUAUAACCAAAGCGAUUGGUCGAAAAAUGGAUUGAAAAUACCUUGUUCGUGCUGUGGUAAUAAUGGAACAUGUGAUGUUAGCAACUCUUUUCCUGAAGGCUGUUUGGAUUCCUUGAGCAGAGAACUUACAUGGGACAAGAACAUAAUGAAAUCUCACUGUUACAUGAUGUCAGUUAUACAGAUUGGCCUGGGAAUAAUGAUGAUUGCAGUUCAUAUAUGCACAAUUCUGAAAAGAAGAUAAAACUGGCUAAAAUGAAACCAACCAAGUUUGUACAACAAAUACAUGCGAAUAUAUUAAAAAAUUUUUAAUACUGUAUAAUGUGCAUAUCUAUUCAAUAGAACAUUUUCUGAACUAAACAAAAUUAGCAUUUGAAAAAUAUAUCACAGAAUAUAAUAAUACUUAUAAUAGUAUUUGGCUUCACUUGAAACUAGCAUAUUUUCUAUAAAUUUCCAUAUCACUUGCCCUUGGCCGAACCCCACCCUUUUCUCCAACACUAAUAUAUUUUUUAUAAACUUGUAUAGACCCCUGCGAAACUAUAGGAGGAGUUACCUUGAAGCAAGUGUCUCUAGGAAUAUCACCCACAGUCUUCAUUUCCCCACAAGGAGAGGUGAAAAUGGAUUUUGCAGAACCACUAGCUUUUUUACCAAUCAGAACAUACCUGAAAAAAAGCCGCAUGAGAGGUUCUCCUCAUCAAUUCCAGAUCAACUCACUUUUUAUAUGUUAGGAUGUCUUCAGGACUGGGUCUCUGUAAUUCCGUACCGUAGACUUGUUUCAUUGUAGGAAACAUACGUUUGAAAGUAAAAGGUUCUGGAAUACUUCCUUUGGAAGAUGUUCCUUCAGCAACUUUAGCAUAGGAACCAUCUUCAUCGUCAGAAGAUUCAUUUUCUGA